CUCAGCAACAAAUAUUUUUCUAAACUGGCCCUUGACGAAAGAUGAGUCUCGUUGCAGUUGGGACGCGCUUUAGUUGCUGUGUCAUUGUGAGGGGGUGGCUGUUGUAAGAAAGAGGCGGUUCAUGGAUUGAGGCCGUCAAAUUAAUUCAGAAAGCUUGGAGAAAGCAUCGAAGAACGAGGAGGAUCAAAGCAACCAAAUUAACACAGCAAGCUUGGAGAGACUACCAAACUGGACGAAGGCUCAAAGCAACCAAACUAAUACCGAAAGCUUGGAGAGAGUACAGAACUAGACGAAGGAUCCGUAGAAAAAGAAAAAGUCAGGAGAUGUCCGAUUAUCCUACCAAAAUGCGAAGAGUGGAAGAUUUGGACAACGUUGAUUUCCAGGACCUAUUUGAAGUUAAGAAACUUGGGGAAGGAGGCUUUGGCGAGGUAGCGCAAUUUUAUUGCCGAAAAACCCAUGGAUAUUACGCAGUAAAAACCUUUAAGGAGAAUGAAGCAAACAAAUCGAUGGUGUCGAAAGAAACAUUCAUCCUCCUCCACUUGGCCGGGAGUUCCAGGGUUACCCAGUUAUGCCGGGCGUUUACCAUCAAACUCACAAAAACAGCCUUAGCGCUUGAGUAUUUGCCCGGUGGGGACUUUGCUGGAGUUCUGCGAGCCCAGGGAGGAAAACUGAGUGAGGAACGCGCCAGGUUUUACGCCGUCGAUAUCGGCCUGGGAUUGAAAUAUUUGAAUUCGAAAAACGUCAUCCACAGAGAUCUAAAACCGGAAAAUAUUCUGGUAACCUCAAAUGGCCACCUGAAGCUGUCAGACUUCGGUCUGAGCGAAUUUGUCGUCUUUGCAGUCACUGGAGUAUGUGGAACUUAUCCAUAUAUGGCGCCUGAGAUGAUCAUGGGAGAGUCUUAUACUUACUCUGUGGACUGGUGGUCCUUUGGCGUGACUUUAUUCCUGAUGCUGACCGGCAAGCUACCAUUUUAUGGUAAAGACAAGAGACAACUUUUCGAAAACAUCGUAUACACAACGCCUGAUAUCCCCAAUUGGCUUGGGAGAGAGACCAGAGAUUGCCUUUUCAAGCUUCUCCAAAAAUGCCCGGAUGUGAGGCUUGGCGUUGACAAUUUUCGAUACCAUCCGUUCUUCAGCUGUUUUCAGUCUUCAGAACCUCUCGCAAUUGCAUGUGGUCCAUCCGCGGUAAAUACGACAGCAGAGAAUGAGAUUAACUACAUCUCUGGAUUUUCAUCUUUACUGUCAGACGAUGCAAAUAUCAUCAUUGCAGAUGACGCUCUUUCAAAUUAAUUACCACUGAGUUUGGGGGUUUUUCAAACCUAUGUCAAAAAAGAUGUGAACUUAUCAAUAUGUUCAACUGAACUUAAUAAAAGAUACUUUCGAUCGAACUUAUCAAUAUGUGUGUCUUGUUUGUUUGUCACACCAAUAACUAUCCAUUACGUUCCGCUGGUUAAAGGUACCUUCAACUACAGUGCUUAGUAUCUUCAAGCUUUGCUUAAAUUUCUAUGGAAAUCUUGAUACAUG